ACUGACUCGUUCUUUUUUCCGAUCGAAAAAGAAUCUUUUCGAAAACUAAAUCCUGUUUCGAUUUCAGAACAAUAAUUGAAUGAUAUGAGUUUUUUGUUUUUUAAAACAGUGGUUUUCAAACUUUGUAGAAAGUUUGUUUUGAAAGUUUUUUCUUAGUUUUUUCGGUUUUGCACUUUUGAAAAUGUUUUGUGAUUACUCUGUUGUGUUAAUAUUCGGUUAUGUGGUUAUUGUUUCGGUUACAAUUUGAGUUUUGCGGUUCCGGUAUUUGGGAUUCUGCGGUGUUGUGAAGUGUUUAACUUAUUUGUAGUGGAGGAUCGGUGACUGGCAGCAUGAAGCUUCUUUGGAAAGUUUUCUGUUCACUUCUGCUACUUGUUCAAGCCGUUUUAGGGAAUUGGUGGAACCUAGCUGCACCAAUACAAACCACCAGUCCGUCAAGCAACACAUCGUUGGUGGUCACUACUCUUCGCAAAGAGAACUGUCACAGAUUGGAGUUUCUAGUUGAGCGACAGAAGCAGCUGUGUAUGCUCUCUGACAAGACCAUACAGGUGCUGCAAACGGGCGCUCAGCAGGCGGUGGAAGAGUGCCAGUAUCAAUUCCGACACAGCCGAUGGAACUGCAGCACUGUUGAGAACUCUACUGACAUCUUUGGAGGAGUCCUUAAGUAUAAAUCACGUGAGUCGGCAUUUGUGCACGCGUUAUCCGCAGCUGCGCUUGCGCACGCAGUGGCGCGCGCAUGCAGCCGUGGCGAACUCAAUGAGUGCUCUUGCGAUGCACGCGUCAGGAAACGCACGCCCAGGCAUUGGCAGUGGGGAGGUUGCUCGGAGGACAUAAGAUACGGAGAGAUAUUCAGCCGUGAUUUCAUUGAUUCCAAAGAAGACAAAAACACCGACGAGGGACUAGUGAAUCUUCAUAACAACGAGGCAGGACGGAGGGCUGUCCGUAGUCGUAUGCAGCGUGUAUGCAAAUGCCAUGGGAUGUCGGGAUCCUGCUCGGUUCGUGUAUGCUGGCGUCGUUUGCCUCAGCUGAGAUUGGUUGGGGAUGCUCUCUCUACGCGAUAUGAAGGCGCUUCUCAUGUUAAGGUUGUUGAACGCAAAAGAGGCAAGAACAUCAGGAAACUUCGACCCCUGCAUCCUGACAUGAAGAAGCCGAAUAAAACUGACCUCAUGUACUUGGAAGACUCUCCGGACUAUUGUGAACCUAAUGCUGAACUUGGAAUCCUCGGUACCAAAGGCCGUACCUGCAACCGAACAUCAGCUGGACUUGACGGCUGUCGCCUACUUUGCUGCGGUCGAGGAUAUCAGACUAGGGUCCGUGAUCAUGAAGAGAAGUGUCGAUGCCGGUUUGUUUGGUGCUGCCGCGUACAUUGCGACACAUGCCGAUACAAGAAAGAUCAUCAUGUUUGCAACUAAUGUUUGUUUCGUUUUUCUUGCUUAUACAAUACUGCCAGUCCCUUUACAAUAUCAUGUUUGCGAUCCUUGCAGAUAGCUGAUGGCCACUUCUAAUCAUAAGUACGACAAGAAAAAGAUAUCAUACGAGUGUAUACUUGCGUUUAUGUUGCACAUUACUUACGGAUAAAUCGGAAAUCUGACCAUACAUUUCCAACAUGGUAGAGAACAUUUUCAUUAGAUUAUUCCACAACUUGCCACAGAUUAACUAACAAGGCUGUCAAUGUUAAAUGUUUAUUUAAAGGCUGACAUGUAAAUAUCCAGUGUACAGUCAUUUUUCGUCGUUGGGUCGUUUUACAGAACUGGUUCUUUAUACCAAAAUACAAAUAUCUGGAUUUAAUGGUAACUUGUCAGGCUUUCCAUCAGUCUUUUGAUCGCAAUAAUUAUUGCAUUGUCGCGAAUCUCUUGAUCGUUAUUUUUGUGCUUUUGUAGUUUACGUAAAUUUACCUCUCAAAUAAUUUCCCAUUGUUUCAAUUAAUCUUUAUUAUUUUAACUAUCA